AGGAGAACACAUUCUAAUAUUAUUGCUGAGGUGUCUUUUAGGAAUUUGAUGCAUUUCUCAUAAAUGUUAUGCGAAAAUGAAUCAUUGUUUUGGAAAUAUUAUAUUUCUUUUGUUUCUUUGUUGUUCUUUUGCUUUAGAAAAUGACUUGAGCUAUUUGAAAGCUUUUGAUGAUUCUAUCAUCUAUCGAUUAGCAUGGGAAAAAGAACAUGAAAGUUUACUCAAAGAAGUUGAGAGUCUUCCAACUGUGACUAUGGUCACAUCCAGAAAAGAGAAAUAUGUCUGCAGUAUUCCUAAAAUGUUGGAAACCAAAGAGGAAGAAAUUCCCAUCUAUGAGGGACCAAAUCCAUUGCAGCUUUUAUCACCAUUGUUUACACAGAUGUCAUGUUCUUACAGAUUGGAAAGUUUCUGGACUUAUGAAUUAUGUCAUGGAAGAUACAUCAGACAGUAUCACGAAGAGAGGGAUGGAAAGAAAGUAAAACUGCAGGAGUAUUAUCUUGGAAAAUUUGACAAAGAGAAAAUGGAUCGUCAAAGUGCUGAAAUUGAUGCAGAGAUUAAAAUAGGUGAAAGGCAAGAAGUACCAGUAAGAAAAAUCGAAGGCCUUUCUUUGCCAUAUUUGCUAGUUACUAUGGACAGCGGAACCCUAUGUGAUCUAAACGGGAAGCCCCGAAUGACACGUGUUUACUAUGUUUGCUAUCCAGCAGGCAAACAUGAAAUAUUUUCAUUAGAAGAAGCAUCAAGUUGUGAGUAUGAAAUAGUGGUGUUAACACCUCAUCUCUGCCAGCACCCGGAUUACAGAGCUAAAGAAUCAGAAGAAAAUAAAAUUAAUUGUUGGGCAGUAGAAGGUUCUCCGAAAAAACCCUCUUCCCUAUUGGAUAUAGAAAACGAAAGUCUUAUGCUGCAGCAGCAACAGAAUCUGCUUGAUUCGUUAGGACUCUCUGAUUCGAAAUUUAAAGUGGAAUUCCGUCAAGUGGAUGAUGUGACUGGGCAAGGUCAAAAACAAACGGUUGCCUUUAUCACUCCGUCUGGUGGUGGAACCAGUGGUCGAAAAGAACUUAAUUCAGACCAACAGAGUUCAGGAAUAGCCAAACCCGAAACUGAAACUAGUCCACGUCUGCAACCACCACCAACGCUACCCCCUCAGCCCGUGUUUGAUUCAAAACUAGUCGAUGACUUCUUGGCCGGAGAGUAUUGUCUAAAUGGGGGUACAGGGUGGUGGAAGUACGAGUUCUGUUACGGAAAACGAGCUGAUCAGUAUCACGAAGAAAAGGAUGGUUCCAAAACUUCUAUCCAGUUGGGUGUGUUCAACAAAGAAAAACACCUAGCGUGGUUGGAAGAAAAUCCGUCUAAGCGACCGAAAGCGUUGGUUGGAAGGAAACAAGUAUCACACAUGUACAGUGACGGAGGCUAUUGCGAAAUGACAAAUUCGCGUCGCAGAGUGGAAGUCAAGCUCAAAUGCAAAGAGAUCACGCAAACGGAACAUCAACAACAGUCGUUCACUCAUUCGAUGAAUGCCGUUUCCCUCUAUUUGUUAGAGCCGCAACCUUGCGAAUAUGUUUUGGGAGUUGAAGCCCCUUUCCUUUGCCCACUGAUCGACGCCGCCGACGCCAACGGACUUAUUCAGUUAAGUGAUGUAAAGAUGGCAAAUACUGUUAAAACUACUUUGCCAGAAGAGCAGUAAAUAAAAUGUAAAGAAACUUGAGAAAGAACUCGUCGUGCAGUUUUCAAAUACACAUUCCAUGAAUGGUA